AUGGUGGAUGCAUCCCAUCGAGAGUGCCCCCCGCGACUGGUACUGGCCCCGGACGAUCGCCGUAAUCUCUACCCCAGACCCCUACCGCCUCAUCGCGGGCGGGGCGGGCCAUCGUCGACGUGGAUGCAGAUGCUCGGUCCUGCCAGGGGUCUCGAUGCAAGUCGGAAGCCGCAGCGCAAGAGAGCCGCAAACGCGACCGUCAUGGUGACACCGAAGAAACGAGCGGGGCGAGAAAGGAACGCGAGGGAGGACGCAGCAUUAAAUUAUUUAGAAAGAAAGAAGAAAAAACACUUGAAGAUGGUCGUCAAAUGA